GAAUCAUUAUAGACAUCUCACUCUGCAGUGUUUUUCUUACAUAUUUUAAUUUUCAGGUUGAGGCAACAUGUUGAAGGGGCCGACAACAACCCUCUUCUUAUAUUCCCUGAGGGAACUUGUGUAAAUAACCACUACACUGUCAUGUUCAAAAAGGGAGCAUUUGAACUCGGCUGCACUGUUUGUCCUGUUGCAAUCAAGUACAACAAAAUUUUUGUUGACGCCUUUUGGAAUAGUAGAAAACAAUCCUUCACAAUGCACCUUUUGCAGCUCAUGACAUCUUGGGCUGUAGUCUGUGAUGUUUGGUACCUGGAGCCUCAGAACAUAAGACCUGGGGAGACUCCAAUCGAGUUUGCAGAGAGGGUGAGGGACAUCAUUUCUGUUAGAGCAGGUCUUAAAAUGGUUCCUUGGGAUGGAUAUUUGAAAUACUCUCAUCCUAGCCCCAAGCAUCGAGAGAGGAAGCAGCAGAGUUUUGCAGAAUCAGUGUUGCGUCGACUGGAGGAGUAGUAGAUAAUUGGAUGU